AUGUCAUGCUUUCACCUAAAAAACAAAUUUGUUGCUUUUGAUUCCAAGAAAUUGUGGCGACUUGCUCAGUUUUAUCCUAAUGAAUUUUCAAGUAGGGAUUUAUUGUACUUUGAGUAUCAACUUGAAAUUUUCAUUUAUGAUGUUCGGAUGUUGACUCUCUCAAUGGUGACAACAUCAGUUGAAAGAUCUUUUCCUGCGAUGACAUUUAUCAGGAAUAAACUCCGUAAUAGCAUGGGUGAUGAGUUUCUAAAUGACAAUUUAGUCACUUAUUUGGAGCGGGACUUAUUUGAAAAUGUUCAUAAUAUAGUUAUUGCUAGACAAUUUAAACAUAUGAAACGUCGUCGAAAUGGCCCUAUCUCAACCAGGGAUCGAAACUGGUAUGAUGGUGAUGGUGAUGAUGAUGAUGUGAUUAUGUUAACACAUUGA